AUGAGACCGAGCAACACAGCUGUGAGAGAUAGACCACCUCGUAAUCCCGAAUUUGUGAGUGGUAGUCGUGGAGUUACAAAAGAUUCUAUUGUGAGAUCCGAGGCACGAGCACUAGCUAGGGCUUAUGCUAUUCAUGCACGCAAGGAUGCUUCUGCGCUAGAUGUUAUUACUGGUACUUUCCCUAUUUAUGAUACUGAAGUUACUGCUUUGAUUGAUCCAGGAUCAACCCAUUCAUAUGUUUGCACGAAGUUAGUAUCUAGUAAAAAUUUACCUGUUGAGUCCACUGAAUUCGUGGUUAAAGUAUUGAACCCCCUAGGCCAAUAUGUACUAGUUGAUAAAGUCUGCAAGAAUUGUCCUUUGAUGACUUGGGGUUACAAAUUUCUGGCUAAUUUGAUGCAUUUACUGUUUGAUGAAUUUGAUGUGAUUUUGGGUAUGGAUUGGCUAACUCUACACGAAACUACUAAAUAUGUGAGAAAAUGUUGUAAUGCUUACCUUGAUUAUGUAUUGGAUACUAAAUUGUCUGAAUCAAAGCUUGAAACAGUGUUAGUGGUUUGCGAGUAUCCCAAUAUGUUUCCAGAGGAGUUACCAGGAUUACCGUCGGUCAGAGAGGUUGAGUUUGCUAUAGAACUUAUACUGGGAACAUCACUAAUAUCGAUAGCACCUUAUAGAAUGGCUCCUACCAAGUUAAAAGAGUUGAAAGCACAGCUGCAAGAGUUGAUUGAUAGGUUUUUUACUCGACCUAGUUUUUCACCUUGGGGUGCACUAGGUCGUGUGCACUUAAAUAAGUCUUAA